ACUUUAGUAGGAAACAGAGGGUUGCUCCACCAAUUCGACCAAAAGCACAGGUGCAGCAACAUCAAAGUGGUGAAGUUUGUUAGUAAAAAAAAAAUAAUAAUAAAAGAAACGCAGGAAACUACAUACAUUUCACAAAAAGGAAUAUUUAUACAGAAAUGACAAUGAAUGAAGAAAGCAGUAGUUCUCAUCCAACACCAUCGUCGUCAUUCCAUAGGGUAAAUAUUCCGUUGCAGGAAGUGGACGAAUCAGACGAGGAGCGCGAGCUGACAAAUCUAAAUUGGCUUCUCCGGAACCAAAAUUUAACGUGGCCAAAAACCAUUAUUGAUUCAAAUACUGAAGAACUUUUUAAAGCCAGAAAUGAAAGUCACGACUCAAAUAUUCGUCUACAACAAAACCAAACAAAACAGCUAUUGCUCACUAAAUCGCACAAAGAUUUAGACACGAAGACAACACAAAAGGCAAUAUCAAAACGACCAUCGCCAUCUGAACGCUAUGAGAUAUUUCUCAACAAAAUUAAACGUGAUUUAACAGAAUAUGAAAAGUUUGCCACCAAAUACGAAACAGAUGUUACCGAAAAGCCGCCAUUUAAUUAUUCACAUAUUAUUGGCAUGGCAAUGUUAAAAAAUGGCCGUGUAACAUUACAAGAGAUUUGUUCCUGGAUUGAGUCAAAGUUUGCCUUCUUCCGAGUUCGAAAGAAAUGGAAUAACUCAAUAAGACAUAACUUGUCACUUCACCACUGCUUUCGCAAUAGGAAGCGGGAAGAAAAGAAAGGAAAAGGGGGAUACUGGGAGCUGGGUGUUGAUCCCAAGAAAUGUGAGAGAAAGCGCAUACGUAACAGGAAACUAUGUAAACAAACUGUUAAGGAUCCCAAUAUGAAAAAAUACCAAAAACUUAUAGAACCUAAUCUUCUUAAGCCUAAACUAUCUGCAAUAUCGCUUAAUUUCGAUAACGAUUACUCAGAAUCGAGCCCACAGAUACCAAAUAUUGCUCAAUCUGAAGAACAGUAUUCAUUAUACACAAUAUAUGAUAAGGAAACAAUAAAAAUAAGCUCUGGCGACAGACAAAAGAGUCUAUAUAGCUUGUUCUCUGAUAAAAUAGACACAACCAAUACGAUAUCCAGAGAAGUUGGCUUUUCUUCUAUAUUCAGUAACAUUUUGGAGUCUGCGCCAGCUACCGGAGGAGACAAUAUCCAAGGAGAGAAGAAUAAUAUAUUAUCUACUACAAUUAUUUCUAGUCCUAGCCAUCCUUGCAACAUAACAGUUAAUUAUGAUUAUUCCAACUUCCGACCCUUAAUGGACAGUAUAGAUGAUCAAUUUCAUUAUCUCCAGAACAGCGGGGAUAUUUUAGAUAAUCUUCUGGAUGUAUGUGGUACUCACUAUUAAAAAUACAAACAUAAUAUAGGCAUCUUAAAGCUUUAUCAGACACUGAAGCCGCCAGCUAG